AUGAACGGCGUGCUGUCCUUCCACUCUUCACCGUCAUGGCGCGUCGUCAGGCCAUAUCUCCUCGCAGACAUAGGCGAAGGAAUCACGGAGUGUCAAAUCAUCAAUUGGUCGGUCAAACCAGGAGACCAUGUUGCACAGUUCGAUCCCAUAUGUGAAGUCCAGUCGGACAAGGCAACCGUAGAGAUUACCUCGCGGUUUGAUGGCGUGGUCAAGGCUCUGCAUUAUGAACAGGAUGAAGUUGCCAUCGUCGGCAAGCCGCUGUUGGAUAUGGAUAUUGCCGACGAAAUAGCUGGGGAUUCGGUCCUCGCUGAGGUCCCUGUCGAGCAAGAAUCGACGGACAUUGAACAGGAGCCAGGGAAGGGAAUCAUGACAGGCCAGAUUGACCAGCCCCCAUCGCCACUCGAGUCACACUCAGACGCACAGGCCCCGUCGCGGAUCUCGCUCGAACCCGCCACAGGACAGAACACUCCCUCCAGAGCUCCGGCACUUCUGACUCCGGCUGUGCGACAUCUGCUCAAACAGGCAGGAAUCGACGUGAACGAUGUUGAAGGAACUGGUAGAGAUGGACGCAUCACAAAAGACGAUGUCCAACGCUACAUUCAGUCGCAGUCAAACUCUGGUCGAUCUCAACCCACACCACCUGUUGUUGCUCCGCCGUCGAAAAAGGCAGCAGAAGACAAGGUGGUCUCGUUCACCCCGACAGAGAAGCACAUGUUCAAAGUCAUGACACAGUCUCUCACAAUCCCUCACUUCCUCUAUACCCACAGUGUCGAUGUCACAUCGAUCAACCUUCUCCGCCGGAAAUUCAACACGACCUCGACCCUCUCAUCCGCACUUUUGCCACCAGACGUUCCUGUUUCGAAGCUCACAGUCCUUCCGUUCAUCUUGAAGGCAUUGUCGCAGGCAUUUUCACGGUUCCCCAAGCUCAACGCCCAUCUAGACACAACCACCAACCCAUCGAACCCUCAACUAGUUCUCAGAUCAUCUCACAAUUUCGGGAUUGCCGUGGAUACACCGCACGGCCUCCUAGUCCCCGUGGUCAAGAAUGUCCAGAAUCACUCCAUCAUCUCACUGGCUGCGGAAAUCAAGCGAUUGAGCGAUCUCGCACAAGCCGGACGCCUUGCACCCGAAGACUUCAAAGAUGCCACGUUCACCAUCAGCAAUAUUGGGAGUAUCGGUGGGAGCGCCGUGGCACCCGUGAUUGUGGCACCCAUGGUAGGAAUUCUGGGGGUUGGCAGAGCUCAAGGCGUCCCAGUCUUCACAACAGACAAGCAUGGUGGUGAACACAUUAUCAAGCAGGAGCAGGUGGUGUUGAGUUGGAGUGCUGACCACCGGGUUCUUGAUGGCGCAACUGUCGCCAAAGCCGCCGAGGUUGUGGGUACUCUGAUACAAAAUGCCGAGAGCCUGGGACUGGCAUUGCAAUGA